UGUUGCAACAUUCGUGAAACUUAACGGCGAGGUGACAACCAAGAGGGCCUGAAGACAAAUCAGACAUGUCUGUGAAUUUUAACCGCAAGUCAAGCGUGAUUCGGGGAGAUGGUUUGGAAUUAAUAGAGUCUAAAUCAGAACGUGGACAGAGAUUUCCAAAAUCAGCGUGGUGGAUUGGAGCUGUUGCAGUGUGCCUGGGGCUGCUCUACCUUCUCCUACUGGUUGUCAUUAUAGCCAUGGUGGGCCGUUACAUGGGACCGAGCCCUCUAAAAGACGCUGGAGAAUUGCCCGUCGGUCUCACCAGGUGUCCCAAUCUGACUUCGCAAUGUUUCCAGUUACAGGGCAGAUACACCACCAUGUUGGAAAGCAACAAGCAGUUAGAGACCAAGCUGUGCUCUCUGACUAAGGAGAAGGACACCGUCAAGUCGGAGCGAGACCGCCUCCAAAACGAACGGGACACGCUUCAGAACCAGCGAGACAUUCUUGAAAACGAGCGCAACGCCCUCCACGAUGAAUGCGACACCCUCAAAAACGAACGAGACGUUCUCCACGUUGAACGGGACGCUCUCAAAAAUGAGCAAGGUACUUUAAGAGCUGAACUAGACAACCUGCAAAAUGAGCAGGAGGUCCUGAAACAUGAGCGGGACACCCUCCAAUCUGAACAAGGCGCACAGAAAAACGAGGAGGAGAAACUCAAAAGUGAGCGGGACACCCUCAAGAAUGAGAAAGAGAACCUCCAACGUGAGAGGGACACCCUUCAAAUUGACCACGAAGUUUUCAAAAGCGAGCGAGACAUUCUACAGAAUGACAAAAACAUUCUCCUAAAGGCGCAGACGGUUCUCAAAAAUGAGCGAGACACCCUCAAAAAUGAGAAAGACGCCCUCCAAAAGGAGCAAGAAUCUCUCAAAAGUGAGCGGGACACCUUGAAGAAUGAAAAAAACACCCUGCAAAAGGAGCGCGACGGCCUCAGAGCAGAGCGCGAUACCCUUAGAGAUGAGCGAGACCAACUGAAGUUGGCGUCCGCUAACCUGACCAAAGAGCUGGAAGAGCUGCAGAGCCGAUACAGCACAGCGCUUGCGAAUCGAGACCGCUUAGAGGAGGAGGGUCAAGGGUUAAAUCAGAACAGAACAGAAAAAAUUUGCCCUCUGGAUUGGGUCAAAUUCAAGGAGAAAUGCUACUACAUCUCCGAGAAAGGCGAAACGAAGCCAUGGCAAAUGAGCAGAAAAGACUGCCAAGACAGAGGAGCCGACCUGGUUGUUAUCACCUCGAAGGAGGAGGAGGAGUUUGUCACCAGAUAUUACGACCAAAUAUGGAUUGGCUUGUCUGACUUGGAGCGCGAGGGCAAGUGGAAGUGGGUGAACGGCCAAGCGCUGGACACGGAUGAAUUCUGGCAGUUUGGGGAGCCAAACAACGACAGAGGGACCGAGGACUGUGCGGAAGUAUCUCGUUCGGGGAGGGGAUGGAAUGACAACAGUUGUCGUACGACUCUCUCUUGGGUUUGUGAGGAUUAACGUGCAGUCAGUGUGUCUGUGUGUGUGUGUGUGUGUGUGUGUGUGUGUGUGUGUGUGAGUACGGGUAUGUGUGUAUAUGUCUCCCACAUCCUGUGGUUGAAUUACAAAAUACAAAUACAAAAUAAUGAUCCUUUUUUUUUUUUUUUUUACAUUAUAUGUUCUACAUCACCAAGAAAAAAUAAAAAUAAUCUCUUCCAGUGUCAAACUGUCAGAUGUUAUUAUAUUUUAGUGGACGAGCAGUGUUUCAAAUUACAUCUUCAACGUUAACAAUCAUACAAGUUCAAACCAAAGAAAUAAAAGCACAAAU